UUCAUCCCUGCUUAAUUUGUCACGAACUUGGCUACUAACCAACAUUUUCUUCUAUCUUCCAAAACAAACCAUAAACCUCCUCCUCCAAUAACCUCUCCUAUUCUUGUGCCCAAAAAAAAAGUCACGAAACAAGAAAAUGUCAUCCAGUGCUAGCUUGGGUUAUGGAGUGCCAACAUGCUUCAACAAUGCUCAACAAAGCAAGAAGAAUCAACCAAUGAGGAACAGUUUCAUGGUCAAACAUCACAACAGUGUGGGAGUGAUGAAGGGUUGGAGAGGAAAAUGUGGUAACACUAAAACAUCGAAAAGGGUAGGAGUGGUGAAGUGUAGAGGGCUAGGAGACUUCAUAGGGGGUGACUUGUUGAAGCUUGACCUUGGACAGUGGCUUUCUGAUGUCGAAGAGCACAAGGCACUUGCAAUAUACCCUCCUCAUGAGGGUGGCUAUGAGGGACGCUACUUGUCACGUCUCAGACGUCAAGGAUACUAUUUCCUUGAUCUUACUGCUCGUGGCCUUGGUGAUCCUGAAACCACACUCACCAAGAUUCACCCUGUCUGCCCUCCUCAUGUUGGCAAGCAGCCAAUAGCAAGGUGGUAUUUCCCACCAGAAGUGGAUUACAGAUUAGAAGCAUUGCCACCAAAUGCCAAAGGACUGGUGGUGUGGAUAAUUGAAGCCAAGGUUCUCUCUAAGGCUGAACUGCAGUUUCUUGCAUUGCUGCCAACACUUAGGCCUAAUGUGAGGGUCAUUGCUGAAUGUGGAAACUGGAGAAAGUUUAUGUGGAAACCACUAAAAGAAAUUGCAGGACUAGAAAGCAGUGAGGAAGCUUGAUGGUGCUACAUUACUACUUACCAUCUCUUACUUCCAACCUCAAAAAUCAAGUGCAAAUAUUUUUACUUUCUCCAAUUUAAGGCUUUACAUAGCUGCAGAUAACUGGGAUAAGAAAGGAAGAGAAAGAGAUAUAGGAAAAAUCAAGUUCCUUGUAAAUAAUUAGAUCUGCCACAAUCAUGAGUGGCACAUUCUCAAAGUUUAAUUUUGUGGAAGCACAAACAUUUCCUCCAACAUGGUAUUCCUGAUAUUUCAUUUCAACAAAAUUUUGCAAUAGAGUUACAGUAUAA